AUGUCUUCAGAUGGCACUCAGGGACCCGUGCUUGUCCACGGAAUCAAGGCGGACAACCCAGCUAGACCUCCUGUGCGCAUGGAAGUACGUGACAUGAUGAAGGACCACCCUGAUCAGUGGAACCUAUAUCUCUUGGGGUUGGAGAGGUUCCAAAACUCGGUGAAGGAGGACUCGCCUCUCUCUUUCUUCGAGAUUGCUGGCAAGUACAAUAGUAUCCAUGGGCUUCCCUACAAGAAAUGGCCAGACAGGGACUGGAACAACAAGAUGGUCAGAGUCGACAACAAUUUCGGCGGAUUCUGCACUCACAGCUCGAUUCUCUUUCUUACCUGGCACCGUCCAUAUCUUGCUCUCUUCGAGGCGGAACUAUACAAGCAUGUCAAUGCUGUCGCCAACGAAUUUGAAGAGAGCGAGCGCAGGAGCGACUAUGUGAAGGCGGCCAAAGACUUCAGAAUGCCAUACUGGGACUGGGCUCGACCUGACCUUGGAGUCUUUCCAGCAGAGGCUACAUCCCAAGCUAGGGUACAAGUCAAGCGUCCCCAUAAUAACCAGAAGGAUUCUCGUAUCGAUCCAAACCCACUGGCAACCUACAAGUUUCGAGAGUCGCGCACGAAUACGAGCAUCAACCAGUUCCCGAGGGUCGGAGGCACCAUCCGCUACCCAGACCAGCCUAACAACAAUAGGAUGAUCCAGAGACUGACACAAUUCUUUUCUGGAACCGACCCUCAACAGGCUUCAAGAGGCAAGAAUCUUACGGAGCGUGUUAUUUUCAUCCUUCAGUCGUAUCGUGACUUUGGAUCUGCGUCCCACAAUCGAUUCAACCCACCGAAGCAACCGGGCCAGCCCAAUUUCGCCGAAUGGGGUAGCAUUGAAGACAUUCAUAAUGCUAUCCACACCUAUUCUGGGGGCAGUGGGCACAUGGGAAACCCAGCAAUUGCCGCGUUUGACCCGAUCUUCUGGCUCCAUCACACCAAUGUCGACCGGCUGUUCGCCAUCUGGCAAGCUUGCCAUGACAACCCCAACGAUCCAUCAACCUAUGUGACUGACCAACGCGCGAGUGAUAGUUGGGGUAACUUCAUCGUCAAAGCCGGUGAUCCUGAGACGAGCAAAACUCCGUUGGCUCCGUUUGCUCAGUCUGGCACCAAAGACAACCAAGUCUUCUGGACAUCCGAGGGUGUCAGAUACACCACCGAGUUCGGCUAUGUCUAUCCGGAGACUCAGUCAUGGAAGUUUCCCACCAAAGAGUCCAUCCUCAACGAGUUGGACCGUGUGUAUGGCAAGACUGCCUCUUUUGCCAACGUCUUGAGAAGUGGCGACGAAGACCUCAAAUCCUCCACCGAGGUGUUCAAGAGUCGUGCCAAGGCACAUUUGAAGGCGGUGAACUCUCCGGUCACCGCCACAGCCUUCUCGCUGGCUGCGGAACAGAAUGAGCAAAAACCCAUUCAGGACACCAAUGAGUCUGACGAUUUCAACCUCCCUGAGGAUCGUGACCUGAAGAGCUUGAUCGGUACCGAGAAAAAGUACCUUGAAUGGCUGGUCAACAUCAAGGCCGAAAAGGCCGAACUCGGAGGCAAUUACGUCGUUCAUGUGUUCCUGGGCAACCCCGACGACUCAGUUCCCUUGCUGUAUGCCACCAAUCACUCUCAUGUCGGUGCCUUUGCCACCUUCGGCCAAGACGAAACCACCUCGUGUAAGAAUUGCCAACAGGGGCGUGCUUCAGGGCAGAGGAUCACCGGUCAGGUCCCUCUCACCCUCGCUCUAGUCGAGCGUUACGUUGCCGGCCUCAUCGACAGUCUCGCACCGCAGCAUGUCAUUCCAUAUCUGCAGAAACAACUUCACUGGCGUGUCACGUUGCCCGGUGGUGAUCUCCAGUCUAGGAGCAACCUCAACAACCUCUUGAUCAGUGUCGUCACGAACGAGGUGACGAUUCCUAGCAACCCUACGGAUCUCCCAAUAUACGCUGAUGAGGUGAUUCCUCAACCAGAUGUCACCACUAACCGCGCUGGAAGUGGUCGUGGUGAUGGAACUGGUUAUGAUGGGACCAAUUUCUAG